CUAAGCUAAUCUAAGUCACGUUAAGAUAAUGGUACCUAUUCUAUUACUGAAUAUUCUUGUGUUUGUUUUUGGAGAUAAAACACCUAUUGUUGUCACAACAUGGUCGUAUCCAAAUGCAACUAGAGCAGCGUGGAUAGAACUCACGCAAAAUCACGGUAAUGCUGUAGAUGCAGUUGUGACUGGAUGCAGCGCGUGUGAGACUGCGCAGUGUCGUGGAGCUGUUGGCUUUGGCUCGAAACCAGAUGAAGCUGGAAACACUACGUUGGACGCCAUGAUCAUGGAUGGAAAAACAAUGGAUGUAGGUGCUGUAGGAUGUUUGACCAAUACAAAAUCUGCCAUUGCUGUUGCAAAAGCUGUAAUGAAAUAUACCAAACAUACAUUAUUAGUAGGGGAAAAGGCUUCCCGAUUUGCUGCUGAGAUGGGAUUGGGUUGGGAUAACAGCUUGUCGUCAUCUCAAUCAGAAUCACAGUAUACCGAAUGGAAACAAAAGAACUGCCAACCAAAUUUUUGGGAGAAUGUUUCUCCAGACCCUUCCUCUAGUUGUGGUCCAUACAUCCCAGUCAACACUACUACUUCAUCAAUAAUGGAUAGCAUUGACAUUGAUAACCAUGAUACCAUUGCAAUGUUAGCUAUUGAUAAAUAUGGCGAUAUAAGUUCUGGAACAUCUACUAAUGGACUAAAUCACAAAAUUCCUGGACGAGUAGGUGAUUCUCCUAUAGUUGGAGCAGGUUCAUAUGCUAUGAAUGGUGUUGGUGCUGCUGCUUCUACUGGUAAUGGUGACGUUAUGAUGCGAUUUUUACCAGCGUUUCAUGCCGUAAUGAUGAUGCAGGUUGGCAUGGAUCCAUUGAAUGCACUAACAACAGCAAUGAGGCCGAUUACUCAAUAUUAUCCAAUGUUUCGUGGUGCAAUGAUUGCUGUUAACCAGAAUGGAGAUUAUGCUGCAGUCUGCCAUGGCAUGGAAUCUUUUGACUUUUGUGUGGCCAAUCCUGCUAACCAAAACGUACAAGUGUUGACAGCAAAAUGUAUAUGAUGACUGUUUUUACCAAAAAAUAUAUAUAUAAAUAACAUUCUUUUCAAAAUGUCGUUUAUAACUUCUUAAAUUUCUGUAAAAGAACUUUUCCAAACUCUAUAUCAUUUAGUAUUAUUUCAUCGGCAGUUUGUUAUGGAAUCCUUUGACUUUUGUGUGUCAAAUCCUGACAACAGUUACGUACAAGUGUUGACGGAAAAAAUGUGCAUGGUAAAUGCAUAACUUACACAGACGAAUUCGGUUACGAUCGCUAAGAAAGUUUUUUUUAUAUAAUAAUCAACUUCUAAUGUAUGUGAAUUUGGAUGACAGAGUAUUGAAAGUGGCUUAUAAAUGCAGAUUUGAAAAUAAGCUCCAGAAAAGAACCCCUAUUUCGUCUAAGAUCACAUUAAACAAUUUCCUACGGUUACCAGGUCACAUUUAAAUUUUAAAGCAACUGAUCUACAUAAUACUAUUUCAUCUUUACGUGAAGUUCAUAAGAACUGACAAAAACAAAAGCUAUAAACGGAACAACCAAAAUAAAAACCCAGAAAUAUUGAGAAAACAAAUGAUGG